AUGAAAUUCAAACCGCAGUGUCAAGACUAUCAUUCCGAGGCCACCAGCUUGUGGUUGGAACGAUACCCAAACAAGGAGACAGAGCCCUUGAGGAUUCAUACUAAGCUUCUAGAGCAAGAGGAAAACGAAGUGUCAAACGAAGUCUAUGAGAAGGAGGUUGAUGAGGCAUCGAAUGAGAGAGAACAAGAACCUCCCAUUUCAAACCCGUUGAUGGAUUCUUUCAAAAGCCAAGCAAACGGAAGCCCAUCCAACGCAAGAGCUUCCAAUGCUAAAAAGAAAGUGUCAAAAUCUAAUUUGUCGAAAGCAGAGGCCAAUAGCAGUACUCCUUCGCGCCACCGACGACGAAAGCGUCGACGGGAUUCACAGAAAAGCCUUUCGCCAACGUCAGAAAAGAAAAUAUCCGAGGCAAGCUUGCGAUCCAAGGACCACACUGAAGUUCCAGCAACGAACAUGCCAUCCUGUGAAGAACCGGGUCUGCGGCCCACAGUAGAGGAGAAUCCAUUGCAAGGCGAUCCACGAAACGGACAGCGGCGAUGGCUGCGACGAAAACUACCCACAGCUGCUUCACAAUCGGAACCAUCAAGUCUAGAAGCAACGGAGGAAAUAAGCACGGAGCGUCCAUCGCAACCAUGCGUCGAGCAUGAAGCAAUGGACUGCGAUCUUGAUGCAUCGCAAAUGGGGGAAAGUAGGACGACUCUAGUGCCGCCAAUAAGAUUCGAACCACAGCAGUGUCCGCAAGAAAUGAUGGAAUGCAAUAGUUCGCUACAAAUGGAUCUAGUCAAGACUAUCCAAAGAGAAGAGGAUUACGAGAUGCAGCCUUCCAGCGACAUUUCACAUGACGAAACCGGACCACAGGAUAUGAUUGUCGAACAUUCGGAUGCUUAUUGUAGUUCUCCAGGUGUCGACAGAGUACGGCGGCGACAGAGACGACUUGUCAAUGCUAUCUGCGGUUCCACGCUUGGUUCCAAGGGAAUCAUCGUACUACCACCAAAGUUGUUUUCCAUUUACGAUUCUCCCUUGUUGGUGUCGAUUUGGACGAACAUUCGAAGAAGUGCUAAUCGCAAGAGGAUUGCCAACUAUGCAUGGUGGCUCGACUCCUCUCAGGCAUCCCAGUCAGUCAUGAUUGAAGAAAUCGAAACCAGGGCUUCUUUUUGGAGGCAGCCAAUGGCACUUCCAUAUCUCCAAUGUCUCAUUUCCUUUUGGUGGCGACGUCGAGCGGAAAUUGCCUUCUUUCGGCAGUUCUCUCGAACCAUCUCGAAUGUGGCCAUGACGCAAUUGGACCAUGUCGUUUCCGUGUUCACCUUGCGACACUUGUCGGAUCGACGUCAGGGACAACGACCAAUUUCUAUCAAGCUGCGGGCAAUACCGAAAAAUGCAAAAGCAAAGAAGGACUUAUCCAAAUUGCCAUAUCGAUACUGCCUCUUGGAUAUUCUUCAGGGAAAUGCUGGAACCUUUUGGAAUGUUUCCCUUGGGCCUUCCAGCAAGAGACGAGAGACGCUAAAGCGAGAACUCAAGGCGAUAGUCCUGUACAAUAGUAAACCCCAGAACCCCAGCCUGGAAGUGCAACAGAGGCUACAGUUUGCAAUCCUUUUUGCUUGGAACCUGGCAAAUAGACAAAAAGAAGAAAGGCACGAGGAACAAGACACAGUUGAAGGACAGUGUAGCACUGAAAACCAGCCCGUUUUGCCCGAGAAACGGAAGGCGCUUGAUGAGACUGGGCUUCUUCCACCGAACAAAUGGACCAUGAGCAAACUACUUGCUCGAAGUAAAACUGAAUUGGCUGAUUCGACCAGCCAUCACAGUAAUGAUCUCAGGCUUCACGAGACGGCAGAAGGAUCAAGCCCUCCUGACAGUACCAAGAAGCAGUCUGCAAAAGGGCAACGCCAAAAGGAAAUCGGCCAAGCCCGGCAGACAGAACUCUCGCUCUUGGAACGUUUUGGGUUGGCACCAAGUACAGAGCCAACAGGAAAUGGAUCGAAUCCCACCAAAGGAAGGAAGAAGCGGCCACCGCCGCCUAUCAUCUCACCGGAAGAAGUUCCUCAGUCGAAGAGAGGAAAAAGGCAAGCCAGGCAGCAGGACAUAUCCGAAUCUUCUCAUCUGGAAAUAGCACCAUCCUCAAUGCAAUGUGAUGAUCCAGUGUCUCUGCAUGAGACUAGGAAGGCGACAAAUGUCAAUGAUGUCAUCUUGCCAGAACAAAACGACAAGCAAAUCAAUUCGCCGAAGCAGUUUUCUGUACUUAGUCCCCAGGGCCACCAGCCACCCUCUUGUCAGCCCAUGUCAAAAGUCGCAAGCUGUCGAAAGCUUGAUGACAGAAGCGAGCACUACAGAAAUUGGCAGCCCAAGAACUUUGACCUGGACGGUGGAAGUGUUUGGAGUUUCAACAAUGACAACGAUUCUGACAUUCAACUUGUCACCGCACCGAAUGCAUUUGAUCCAGAAUCAAACUUGCCAAGUUCCGUCGGAAGCCCAAGCGAGGGCUUGAUACAGAACACUGCCCACCAAAUCUCCCAACACCAGACAACGAGUAGAGUGGUCUCCGACAAGAAACAGAGGAAACGAGCCCGAAAGGCGGCCAAGAAGAAGAAGAAAAAGGAAUCUAAACGAAAGUCGGGGAAGCGAAAGAAGAAGAAACAAUCUCAUGGAGACCUGUUCGAACAGUCAUUGCCAGAGAGCGUGCUACAAUCUCUCGAAGAAGAUGCGACUGAGGAAGUGCGGCCUUGCGUGAAGGAGAACGGCCCAACAACAACUCAUCAAGUGACGGCCACUGCUCAAUUCGGCAUGGAAAUUGGCUCCCCAGACCAACCAAUCGUGAUUGAUGAUACGGAAGACAGUGCUCUCACCUCACUCCCCCCACAAACUGUGCGACCUCCACUAGUAUUGCUUUGUUCGGAGGACUUUCUGGAAAAAUGGGGAGACUAUGCAGCGAGGCUAGUAUCUGGCGAUUGGCAACAUCAAGUUUCGUCUCGCCGAACCAAUGGGACCAGUUCUGGAAGACGAUUCUGCUUCGUGGACACCAAACUUGUGGACACUUGCGGUGUGGAUAUUGAGCUCCCAGAUCGCGGAGGCAUUGUUGUCUCGGCAUUGUCAAGUUGGUUCAAUGAUGAUGGAUUCGAAAGCCUGAUUAUGCGGAUUAUUGGUCUGAUCUCUUCCACAAGGUUCAGACAUCUCAGCAUUUUCCUUUGUGCUGACAUUGACCAAGAUGAUGCCACUAUUGACCGAAUCUCAACUAUUCAAAGUGCUGUGCUACAUCAAGGGGAGGGUCUCACCACAGCGACUUCAUUCACAUUGGUAUCUCCAAACACUCUCGCGGCCUCGAUUGGUCAAUCCAUCUGUAAGCUCGACGCUGCAUGGGGACUGGAAGAAGCCGAAUCGUGGCUUCUUGACGAUCGUACCUUUGAACGGCUUCUGUUCCUGGUACGCUUGGUUCCAACACUCACGGUGACGUCAAUUCUACAGUGUCUAAUGUCUAGCCCAGUAGCAACUGGAUCGACCGAAGACAAGUCUCGAUUGUGGUUUCAGAGUGUCUUCCAAGACGACCGUGAAAGAAAGCGAAUGAAAAGCUUCGAUCCGAAGGUGUUGCAUCCAGCAGUGAUCACGCAACUUUCAUUUGCUCUUGGUAUCAAUAUCGGCGACAAGACCGUAUUUCAAUCAUAG